AUGGCACUGCUAAACGAAUCAACGUUUCCUUUAAUUGCUGGCGUUUUAGGGGGGAGCAUCAGUACAAUCACGCUCCUCCCUUUAGAAACCAUUAAGGUGCGAAUGCAAGUUCACGACAAGCAGGGGGAACGUCUGGCAUCAAUGCGGAUCAUUCGCGGAAUACUGAAACAUGAAGGAAUCGGUGGCCUCUAUCAGGGUAUGACACCUGCCGUAAUGGGAUCCGCGGUAUCUUGGGGAGGAUUCUUUUUUGUUUAUGAGAAUUUCAAGAAAUUGGCACGACAGAGGAAGGGAUUGGAAAAACAGUCAGACCUCUCCUCAAUUGACAACUUUCAAAUCGCAUGUGCAAGCGGCGCUGUAAUGGUUUUCAUGACAAACCCCAUCUGGUUGAUAAAAUUGCGGAUGCAACUGCAAAUGAAGAAGGCUUCAGAACGUCUGCACACAUCCCAUAAGCCGUACAAUGGACUGUUCGACGCUGCAAGAACGAUAGUGAGGGAAGAAGGCUUCUUUGCGCUUUACAAGGGAGCAGGGCCAGCAUUGCUUUUGACGUCACAUGGUGGUGUACAGUUUGUGGUUUACGAAGCUCUGAAGAAACGCUUUAACUACGCACGUGCUGAACGUCGGGAGGACGGGAAGAGAUCUUCAGUGCUCGAACGCCUGAGAAAGUCUGUUGGACACUUGACGAUGGGAGCUGUCUCUAAAAUUAUUGCAAGUACCACGACGUAUCCGCUGCAAUUGAUAAAGGCUCGCGUGCAACAACGCUCUGAAUUCGUAGAGCUGUCUUCGGAUGGGGAAGUGAGAGUUGUCAAGCGAGACCAUAGAGGUGUAGUUUCAACGAUAAUACGAACAUGGCAACAGGAGGGAAUUACUGGGUUCUUCAAGGGUGCGAUACCAAAUGCAGUACGCGUAGCACCUAGUUCUGCCUUGACUUUUGUGGUGUAUGAGUUCGUCCUUGACUACUUGACCCAAACGACAUAA